CCAUGUUAAUGACUAAAAAAAAAAACAUAUCUAUGAUAGGCAGUGUGACAGUCUAUGAUAUUAAAAUAAGGGACUGACAACUUGUUACUUUCAGGGAGCUUGGAAUAACAAAACGCACAUUUAUACCAAAGAUGACAUUGCUAUGAUCUUAGAGUAUGCAAGGUUAAGAGGAAUUCGAGUGGUUCCAGAGUUUGAUACACCUGUAAGUGUAUAUUUGGUAUCUGAGUUGUAGUAUGAAUUGUGGACACAUGGACAUACUUACGUUUUUUGUCCUUAAAAUUUUAAAUUAAUGUUCUUUUCUUUGCAAAGAUUUUGUCUUUGGACUUCAUCAAGUGCAGCGUUCAGUUUUGGAAAGACAAUAUUAUUUUACAAUUGACCUUUUAGCUACCAAAACUGUUUAGCUUAGAUUAUUUAUGUCUUCAAGGGGCACACAUUUUCAUGGAGGAGCAUUCCUGAUCUGUUGACACCAUGUUAUUCACAAGGAAAACCUUCGGGGUAAGAAAUCAUCUUCUCUUUUUGAGGCUUUUCAAUAAGAAUAUUGUCAGUAAGUUCCAAGUAGAAUGUCUUCUUAGAACGUUUUUCUGUCUGUAAUAGUUCAUGUUGUGUAUAUUUGUGUGUAAUUUGAAAGGAUAAUAAUAAUAAAAAAAACAUGAUUCAUAUUUUGCGGCUGUCCAAGGUUUAUUCCAUCCCUAUACACUGUAAAGUGUCUUAGCUCUAUUUAUUGGCCUGUUACUAGCCAGGACCCGGUUGUUCAAACAUUGGAUAGGUCCAUUGGAUAAAUCACUAUCCAGCAGGGCCCAGUUGUUUGAAGGCUGAUUAGCGCGCAACCCAGGGUUAAAUUUAACCCGGUUUUCUUUUUCUUGUGUUCAAAAGCAUUUUCUCGGAUAAUUUCUGUCCUAUUUUUAGAGCUUCCAAUCAUCAACUUGUAGACAAAAAGAAUUAAAACUGAAAUGCCUUCUAAGCUUUUGAAUCUGAAUUCAAUCUCAGUCGCACUAACCCUGGGUUAUCUUAACCCAACUUUGAACAACUCGGCCCAGAUAUGUUAUAGGGAAACCAGUUGCGUUACCCUCUGGAUAGAGAUUUAUCCAGUGGAUAAUGUUAUUUACCUUUUGAACAACUCAAGGGCCGGGGUUCCAACAGACAAAUCACUAUUAACAGAGCAUCUAAUGUAAGAUGAGAUCUUGCUACUACUUAAGCAAAGACAAUGAAAUUCAGGGCUGGAUCCAGAAAAUUCAAGAAUGGUUGGAGAGGGUUUGGGACACUUGCCAGCUAUAUAUAUGUUGUAGUUAAUUUUUUAUCUCGGGUAAUUUUUAUUUUUCCUUUGUUUCAACUUCAUUAGCAUACAUUACCAUACUCAAAAACAAGAGAAAAACAAAAAUUACCUGAGAUAAAAAAUUAACUACAACAUAUCCAUACUAUUUAUUUACUGUAUCUUUAGAAAUAAUACAAAAUUUCCAGAAAAGGUGCGGGGGAAGGUGGGGGGUCCCUUGGAACACUCCAAAUUCUACCCAUGAAAUUAUCGUCAGGUUGACAGUUACUUUAUUACCAUCGUCAUGUUGUUUACAACCUGUGCUUUUUAACAGGGGUUAUGGACCUAUCAACCCAAUUAUUGAUAGCAACUAUGAAUUCCUGGCACAGUUCUUUCAAGAAGUGGUCAGCAGAUUUCCAGACAAAUAUCUACACCUGGGAGGUGACGAAGUUCCCUUUAGCUGCUGGUAAGCUGUCUUAAACACUGUGUUAACAACACAAUAAUUAUUGUGUUCUUAACACAGUGUUUAACUGUACUUGUCUAAUAGACUUUGUUUUUCUCAAAAGGUGAUUGAUUAAUAAACCGUCCUCAGUGCAGCAUUCUUCAUGUAUUUUGAGAUUUCUUCUAAAAAAAUUAUUUUUUGAAAAAUUGAAAAUUGAAAUGUCAGCUGAAUUUGGCUGUAAGGUUGCUUGCCCUCCUCUUGGCUUAUGUAAGAAAUUAAUCUGAUUUGGACAGCAAACAGAAGCCCAAAGUUACAACCAGUUACAAAGAUGCUUGAGACACUGAACCUUACUUGAGCUUAAAUGACCUGUUGAAGAUGUUGGUUUUGUGGUCCCCGCUUCUUGCCUUGUCAAAGUUACUCACAAGAAACUAUGAGAAACAACGGUGAAUGGAGGAGAGGAAGAGUAUGGGUGUUUUUAUCUCACGUAUGUGCGAAUAUCUUUAAUAUGAAGUAAAAAAGACAUCUUUUCUUCUGAGUCUCGACGUUUUUCAUGGCUGCUUAAAGUUGAAGUUUGCAACAUGUUGUUAGUUUGCAGUUACAGAUUGGUCUGCAGUGGCGGAGGACUGAAACAAGGAAAUGUUUAUGAAUUUGAAAAUUUGGGAAUGUUGGUUUUACUUUUGAUUGGUUAAGAAAGUGGUGCCAGUUUCGUCAGCCAAUUACAAAGUGUUAAAUGAAAUUAUCAGUCCUCAAAGCACAUAAUUAUAUGUAGUCAUAUUCUGUGAGAUAAAUGAAGAGCUUGCUUGCAGACUAAUGUACAUUGGAAAGCUUAGGAAAAACACAUGUCGGCAAUUCAAAUGGUUUUGAUUUUAUUCUGGUCGGUUGAGAAAAUGGUGCAAGAUUUCUCAGCAAAGCAUAGUGGUAGAAAACCAGAGCAAACUAUUGCCUGCAGUACACAGGGUUCAUUUUGAUGAUGUUGGCUUUGUUAUUAGGCAGAGUAAUCCUGAUAUUACAGAGUGGAUGGACAAGAUGGGCUUCAAACAAAAUUACUCCUUAUUGGAACAAUACUACGAACAGAAGUAAGUCAAAAUAUUUUUGUUUUUUAAUUUGGUUUUUGUUUGUUCUUACCAGUUCCAGAUAAUUAAUGCAAUUAAAAAAUUACACACUAAAAUUUCCAAUAAAAUGCCCUUUUGACGGCCUUUAUCAGCAAGCAAGUAAGGUCGUGACUAGUUAAAGUCAUUUUCAGGGUUUUCAAGGCCGUAGCUAGAAUUUUUUGACAGCUGGGGGACAAUAAAGCAAAGUCUGGAGCUAUGCUCUUUCAGAAAAUUUUGUAGUGAAUGGCGGUUCUCAUACAUUCUCUCCAACAGCUUCUGUUUUCGUUUCGCCUUGCCUGCUGAAAUGUUAUUACAACACGAAAUGAAAAUUGACCCUCAUCUCAGGUUAUAAUGAAUUCAGAGACUUGGAAAUACUAAUUUUCAUAGAUAUUCCGUCAUAAGUAAAGUUAAUCAAUCAUAGUUUAAUAUAAGGAUAGAUAUUUUUAGUGCUUAAGGUUUGGUAAACUAUUGAUAUAUCACUAUCUGAUCAGAUAAGUCUAGGAUUAUCUCCAAAUGGAUUAAUUUCCUUCUAAAAUAUCGUUAUCAGUCAAUAUUGCAGUGUAGUUAUACACAUGGAACUCAGUUAAAAAUGAGACCAGGUUCGGUCACUCAUGCCAGUUUCGUUUUAACUGGGUAAAUGACCUCAGAUUCCGGUAUGUGAUCCAUUCCACGAUGAAUGAGGAACAUCCCUAGGCCACUUAAGGGUUCCUCAUUCAUUGUGCAAUUUGUCAGGCCUCAGAACAAAAAAGAGCGUUCACAAGAAUCACUUCCCAUGGGUGUAGUAAAAGAAUGGUAAGGAUCUUGUGUGAAUGGCUGGAAAUGUCUGAGGAUUUUAAACAGCUAUUAAAAGGGCUGAAUUUGCAGUUGGUGGCCGUUCUUUAAAGGGAAUAUUCUUGUAGUACUUUUUCCACUUUUCAAUCUCUACUGAGAAAUAAGGGGUUCCGGAAUUGUGAGGAACUUCUUGUAAUAUUUGAGGAUUUUACUUUGAUCGCGGUUGUCAAUGCUCAUUGUCGUCGACAGUCUGUCUUGCAAGUAUCAAACCUUGAUUGCGUUGUGAAAAUCUGGUGUCAAUUUCGAUUCUUAGACCACAUGGUCAACAAACGGAAAGAACACUUAAACUUUGUAGUAGUCACUUAUAGGCUGGUCAGAGUUGGACCCUAGAUUAGCACGAUCUCGCUGUACGUUAGCAGUACAUGGUUUUCGUUCUUCAUGAGUUUACCAGUUGUUCAUACGCGUGGGUCUCCAAUUAUGCUCUUGUUUUACAUUUGUAGUCUAGUUUUUGAAAACUAGUGAUGAACGGUUAAAGAUUGUUCAGCUUUUGCAACUAGUUAAGCAGAACAGGACCCAUCUCUGUUCUCAUUCUACACCCUUCAACUUGGCGAACAACUUAUUACAACAUUCAAAAUGGAAUUAUACAGUUUUCAACGUUUGUUGAAGAACAGUUACAACAUUUGGUGAUCAGCAAAUAAUUCCUGUAUUGAACUGUGUGUCACUCAUUUAAUUAUAAAUUAUUCUCUCUACUUGAUUUAAGGUUGCUGAAGAUAGUUGGCGGUCUAGGUAGAGAGUAUAUCAUCUGGCAGGAGGUUGUGGACAAUAAUGUACAGGUCCUACCCGACACAGUGGUCAAUGUAUGGAAAGGUGGAUGGCAAAAUGAGAUGGCUAAAGUCACUGGGAAGGGUUUGAAGGCCAUUCUGUCAUCCUGUUGGUACUUAAACUACAUUUCAUACGGUCAAGACUGGCAUAAGGUACGAUGUAUGUAAGCACUUUACUUACUAUCCCGAGACUGCUGUCUACUAACUGCAGGAUUUGUUUGACCAGAAAUAUCUGGUCAACUUGUUUAACCCUGAAGUUUCGUAUUAUGUUUCACAUGCUUCCAAACUUUUUUUUUACAGUGAAACCCCGGCUUACGGCCACCCCGUAAUCACUGCCACUUUUUUUGGCCGCGUGGUAAAAACCGCCAUACAUUUUCUUGUAAAAAAAACCGUCAUUGAUACGGCUACCCCGUUAAUACUGCCAGAUUUUUUUGGCCCAUUGUUGACCGUAUUAAGGGGGGUCCACUGUAUGUAAAAUAUGUAUAAAUGUGAUACAGUUGGGUUAUAACCACGCCUUAAUCCUUUAAGUCCCAAUAGUGACCAAGAUCAAUUUUCUCCUAACAAUAUCCAUACACUGUCAAGAGAUAAGUUAUGAGAAUUAAUAAAAUGAUUACCCAAGAGAAAAUGCCUUGAUCUAUUUUCAAAUUCUCUCAACUAAUUCUUUAAGGAAAUGUAUGGAGAUCAGUUUGGAGAAUAUGUAUGUUGAUACUGGGACUUAAAGGGUUAAAGGUAGCAGCCUCCUCCACUUCGGUGAAAUCAGUCUAUAUUUUAGCCCAAGUUAGAAAAUGUUCUGUCUUCCUUGUAGUAUACCACAAUUUUAGUUUUGGUCUCUUACAGCUGCACGUUGAUGUCAAUUUACCAACUAUAUUCUUUUCACAAUUUCUCUUUAUUCUUUCUACAGUACUAUCAGUGCGAUCCACAAGCUUUUGACGGUAUGUUGUUAUUUGAUGUGUACGCUUAUGUUGCAAUGCGCAGAAAAGACGGACGUCCACAAGCCAAUCACUUUCUCAUUGCGUGCAAAAUAUCAUAGGAGAGGGUCUGAACGAGUGCCGCGCUGUGCAUCCGAGUAAGUAGUAUAAGAUGCACCGAAUGAACCCCUUUUUGAAGUAGAAUCUCAUUAAUGUGAAUUGGAAUGCAUUGAAGCCCAUGACGUUAUAUGCCGUCAUAGCCUCAGGGAAAAAGCUUUGACGACAUGGACGUUAAUUAUUCCUGCCCUUCUGUCCAAAAAGGGGUCUGUCCACCACUUAAAAUGUUGAUGUUACAGGUUAUUAUUAUUAAUUUUUCUUUCCUUUUUUUUUUAUCUCAAUAGGCACAAAUGAACAAAAGAAAUUAGUCAUGGGUGGAACCGGCUGUAUGUGGGGAGAGUUUGUUGACGGAACUAACCUGCUGACAAGGACAUGGUAGGCUUAUCCCCUUCCCACGCUUUCCACGGCAUCUUGUAACUUUCAAGUUUGAGCAUUUAAUAUAUUUUCUUGAACACCAAGACUAGCUCUUAUGCAGACAUUGCUUUCUUGCUUUUCACAUUGUGUACCCGCUCAUGUGGCGCCUUUUAUAUUGACCCACCGACGUUUCUGCCACCCUUUGUUAUGUCUGUAUAUAAUUAUAUAUAUAUUUUAUGUACUUUAACUGGCACGUUCACACGAAUCUGGAUAUUUUUAAAACCGCAUAAUUUAUAUACCGUAAAAUUCCGAAAAUAAGGCCCUCCAUGUAUAGGCCCCUCCAAAUAUAGCCCCUCAAACUCGUAACGCAAAAAACCCUCCGUUAAAUCGCCCCUCCAAAUAUAAGCCCCCCUGAUGGCUUGUACUUGGAAAUUGCCCUCAAAUACAAAGUAAAACAAAGCAAAAACGGUAAAUUUACUUCCAACUAUAAGGCUAGCCCAAUCGAUUUUCAAACGCAAAUUUCCCUCCGUAGAUAAGCCCCUCCGAAUAUAAGCCUCUCCAAAAAUAAGCCCCUCAAAAAGGGCCUUUGAAAAAUAUAAGCCCCGGGGCUUAUUUUCGGAAUUUUACGGUAUACAAAGUUUUAACACACUGAUCCAUCUAACGACAACACGAAACCAGUGAGCCCGCUCAUCGAAACCGCAUCCUUUUGAAACCGCUCUCCAGAUUAGUUUUAGACUGUGCCAGACUCUCGGUCAGUGUAGAGGAGCGAAAAAAGCGCGCAGGCAGCGAAAAAGCGAGCAAGCGAAAAACGGCGGGGGGAAAAAGUUCUCUCUCGCCAGUCCUCACGCGGUUUUUCGCACUUUUUUUUCGAUCCGCUUUCCCCACUACCUUAGAGUCUUGAACAGGCUGGAUUGGUUUAAGGCACCGUUCACACGACUCCGGGUAAAAGCUACGUGACGUCAAAAAUAUGCGAAUUGGUGUGGACGGAGCCUGUUUAAUAACACUUUGUUCUGUAUUCUUUCAUUUCAGGCCUCGUGCCCUGGCAGUAGGAGAGAGAUUAUGGAGCGCUCAGUCCGUUACGGAUCUUACAGAUGCAGACAACAGGUUGUGGGAACAUCGCUGCCGCUACCUCAGGUAAAGGAAAGCUCCUAUUUUUCUUUUGGCAAAUUAAGAUUUCUCCAUUAGUAUUGUUCCAUCAUCCGUUGUCAUUAUUAAAGUCUCCCGCUGUAGUACGGACAGCUGGAAAAAUAUUCCCAGGACUGAAGUGCGAGUAUCGAAAACUUCGUAUAUCAGUCACUGCUCGAGGAACAGCAAACUGUUUUGAUUUGUUAGGGUGGGUUUCCACUGUCGCGUUAUUUUCACAUGCGUGUGCAUGCAAAUUUGUAUGAAGUGUCAAUGAGUAAACGUAUAAGUUGUGUUGGGUUCAACUUUUAACCUACCAUGAUGGCGUUUAUUUUAUUCACGUGCGUGCGCACGUAAAAAUUACGCGACGUUGGAAAUCCACCUUUAGUGGGGAGCAGAUCGGCAGAGGAAUGCAGCUGAUCUGUGCCCCCUUCCUCCCGUCCCCGGGAUAGUAUUCAGCUCCUAAAAACCUGUAAUUUCGAUCUGUGCCAUGAAAAGGGUCAUCAGCAAGAUAUUAAAGCAAAAUUCCUCUGUUGCGCGUGAAUAGAUCAUUGACCAUAAACAGUUACCUACAGUGACGUAAUGAUUUAUAGACCAAUCAAAACCGUGGAAAUAAUAAUAAUAAUAAUAAUAAUAAUAAUAAUAAUAAUAAUGAUAGAAGGUGGUAACUAACGGAGACCGGCAAGGAAGAUGAGACGGGGAUGGACUAAUGUGAGACCCCUUUUUCUAACCAAGUGUUUUUUCUUACAGGCGUGGGAUCCCAGCUGAGAAUGGAAUCCAGUCAAAGUAUUGCCGAUAUGAGUGGCCUGGCUUCUAAAAGGAAUGUUCUCGUUUCUGUACAGCAAUACAAUUGUCCAUGUUUGUUUCUUUUCAUAGAAUUAUUUUUGAAUUACACUUCUUUUUGUAGGAGAUAAGAUUUGAUAAAAUGUGCCUGAAUAUUUUUUACCUUUUUUACGCAAAUCGGUGAAGGAAGGUGAUAAAAAUGGCGAAAUGAUAAUUCAAAGAAUGGUGAAAUUUGCUUUGAUUCUUUUCUGUUUUGUAGUGGAAUGUAAACCUGUGUGAGCCGGCUACUUAAACGCCUUUUCAAAAGGCAAUAAGCAUAUUGCAGCUUCUGGUCUGGUAAAAUAGAUUUGACAUUGCAUUGUGGACGCUGGUUUUGUUCGUCAAGCGUCUGAGAUCACAUGUCCGUGUGACAGUAAACACUCAAAAAUUUAUAUAACGGAAACAGAAUAAUACAUGAAGUGAAGUAAACCUGUUCUGUCUCUCCAUUUGUUUUUCUGUGUUGUCCAUUGGUUAAGGGAAUGUUUGUGUCCUACGCAUUCACUAGUGUUAAAGGCUGAGAAGGAAUCUCAGUUUUUCUGUCUACUUACUUACUUACGACCUGCUAAGACCUCGAUGUUACAAUUGUCAAUUUUUCAAUCUCAAGUCCCUUGUCUUACAACGGAUGACGGCUUGAAUCGGGAAUUUUCUGUACAGGGCGACGUCGGCAGAAAAAACGUGAAGUGGUUUGGCGAUCAUUUUAACUUCAUGUUCAUGGGUAUUUCCAAGUUUCCUCAAGCCUCUGUUUCAAAGCGAGGCUAAAUGCGAAGCCAUUGAUAUGAAAAUAAUUUUUUAAUUCUCAUGCAAAUAAACUCAUUUUCACGACAAAGGUUUUGCACUUCGCCUCGGUUUGAAAGUGAGAAGCCGAUUUCUCCUGGAAUUAAAUUACCACGACCAAAUUAAGUUCAGAAAG